AUGAAAGGAAAAUCAUCAGCAUACGGUUGUCUAGAUCUACAAGAACCGGUAUGGCUUCAAAUCAAACAAAAGCCAUGUAAGUCUCAACUUCCUCCUGCUUUUGGUUUAGCUGAAAACGAGAGUCGGGAAAGCAUUGUUAUCGAGGAUGAUGUGUCAAAUAAUGCUGAACAAUGCAAACUCGAGCACAACGAAGCGGGCAAGGGUGAGGAUGGGUCACCCUGGCAACGCAUGAAAUGGACUGGAAAAAGCGUGAAGCUUUUGGUUACUAUUCUUUCUUACAUCGGGGAGGAUCCUUCCACCGAUUGUGCGGGUAUUCAGAUAAAAAUGUCUUCUCUUUUAAGGAAACAAGGAAAAUGGAAGUGUGUUUCGAAGUUCAUGGCUGGUCGGGGUUACCACGUUUCUCCUCAACAAUGCGAGGACAAGUUCAAUAAUUUGAACAAAACAUAUAGGAGACUGAAUGAUUUACUGGGGAAAGGUACUUCUUGUAAGGUUGUUGAGAACCCUAAGCUUUUGGACAUAAUCGAUGUAUCUGAGAGGACGAAAGAAGAUGUAAGAAAACUUUUGACUUCGAAACAUUUGUUUUUCGAAGAGAUGUGCUCGUAUCAUAAUGGAAACCGAUUGUAUCUACCUCAUGAUCCAGAUUUGCUGCGGUCUUUUCUGAUUAUUCUGAAGAACGAAGAUGAUUCCAAGCUUCUUGAUUCGAGCCAACCUGUGCUUGAUGGUACUGAUCAAAAAGCUGAAGCUCUUGCUGAAGUUGAUAUAGCUAAGGAUAAUGGAACAACUUCUGUGCUCCCGGAGUUCUCGGUGAAGUGGUUGGACCUGAUUAACGAAAAUGAUAUCACAGGUUUUGCAAAUACUUCAAAGCCAUUCGAUUCUAACCAAAGUUUAAAUGCUCAAGGUGAUACAGCCGGGUACAACAGGGAAAAUUAUGAUUUUUCUGCAGUCUCUGCAAUGUGGUUGAAGCAAACAAAUGAAAACGAAGUUCCAGAUCAUGGUAAAUAUUCGGAAGUGUCGGACUUCAACCAAAUUUCGGAUUCUCCCCAUCGGAAUCUUACCCGCCAUGAAGACAAUGAAGCAGAUGGAUCACAGGAGUCGAUGGCACGUCGAGCGAAUCAGCUAGAGAAGCAAAAGUUGCAGCUGAAGUCCAAGGUUCUCAACUUAGAGAAGAAGCAGUUGAAGUGGAAGCGUCUAAGCUGGAAGCAGGAAUUGAAGCUGGACAAGAUGAGGCUGAGAAACAAGUGUCUGAAACAUGGAAACGAAUGCAUAGCAAUGCAACUUAAGGAGAAAGUGGAUCUCGAAAGCGUUUAA